AGAGUUGCCCUUUAAUCCUGCCCAGGAGUUCACUGGGAGUUCCUCGUUCUUUCAUUUCUGCCUCUUGGUUUUAUUUUGUUUGUUCUGGAUAAACAGAAUCUGACAGCGAGCGAGCGCUAGGGUGCAGGGAGUUCAUUUGCUCAUCAGCCUCAGACCCUCAGGACUCCCAGCAGCCUGCUCUAACUCCCAUCAGUCAGGGAAAUAUUCAGAGGCCCCCCCAAUGGGAAAAGGUAUCCUGGGAGUAACACCCACUUUUCUGUGCUGAGAGAGAAAUUGUUACUUGUGUUAGAAAGUUUCCAUAGUAGAAUGAACUACAGCUCCCAGCAUUCUCUAGGAGCCACUGCGAGUGCCAGGGGGAGGGGAGGACAGACUGUCUGUUCUGCUUUCCAUAAUAAAACGAAAGUACAGAGAGUGAGAAAACCACACACAGGCGGCUCCACCUGCACCACAGAGAACCAGUUUCACUGGGAAGCGCCCGAGCCCCGUCAGCUCCUUCAUUCUUACUCUGUAACUCUGCCAAUUGCCCCUUCCUGGGGUAACACAAGCACAGAGCCACGAGGGGCAAAUCCCAUAUUCACAUGCAGAUGUUUCUCCUGAAAACUCUACACCAGAAGUGAAGGAGAUAUGGAUCACAGUCACCAAAAUGACAUCUCUCAACCACAUGACAACUCAGGUGUCCAGUUACCUGCAUUUUCCUUCCCCAACACCCAGUAUGAUCAAGCGUAUCCAGCUGGAACUUUUGUGCCCAAUAUCCAGACCUAUCCAGGUCUCCCUAGUCAGAUGGCUCUUGGAUUUGACUCAUUUUUGCCUCCCACAAACAAUGUGGCCCCUUCUAUAGUUCCCUAUCAGUUCCAAUCAACCAACUGGCUUGAAGAACAUCUACAGAGCUUUCCAGCUCAAACCUCCCCUGAUUUGCAAGGACCUUCUGAGCAAGAUGCAGAGCAGCCCCUGCCUGGAGUCACAGGAAUUGGGUUUGAGCAUUUCUGGGGAUUGGAGUCUGAUGAACCCACUACUCAUUAUCAUUCCAUCAAUAUCCAGUUUAAUGGAAACAGACAAAGAGAUGGAGUAUUUUCUGCAGGAGAAGACUUUACCCAAGUCUCAAGGAGACACACUAUACACAUUGCACCAGACUCAAAUAACUUUUUUUUUCAAACACAAACAACAAACACCAAUGAAAUCACCCAGAGGUCACGGUCAUUAUAUGGAUACUCAGCUCAUCAGUCUUUGGAUUUGGAGGAACCACCCACUGCAUCUCAUCAUUCCUGGAAAUCUGAGAAACAGGAAUGGCGGAUCAAGCUUUUAGACUCCUCAGAGAACAGUAACAAGGACUUUGGUGCAUUUUGUGAUGCAGUGAAAACUAUCCGGAGGGAAUAUUCUGCGUCUGACCCCGUCUCCAAUUCGGGGAGAGUGUGGAGCGUUGCAGUGAGGUUCCCCUUGGGGGUCAGUGUAGAGUCAGACCUGAAUAUCACUGUGUAUGGAGACUGUCUGCCUCAUCCCCUCAACUACUCUGAGAAAGAUUGUGUUCAUGUUCAGGAUUUCAUUUCAAGAAUGAUUCAGCACAACUAUUCUGUGAUGCAGCACCCCAACAAUCCUGCACCUCAGUACCCCGACUCUCCUGCACCUCAGUACCCCAACUCUCAUGCACCUCAAUACUCCAACUCUCAUGCACCUCAGUACCCCAACUCUCCUGCACCUCAAUACUCCAACUCUCAUGCACCUCAGUACCCCAACUCUCCUGCACCUCAGUACCCCAAUUCUCCUGCACCUCAGUACCCCAACUCUCAUGCACCUCAGUACCCCAACUCUCCUGCACCUCAAUACUCCAACUCUCAUGCACCUCAGUACCCCAACUCUCAUGCACCUCAGUACUCCAACUCUCAUGCACCUCAGUACCCCAACUCUCAUGCACCUCAGUACCCCAACUCUCAUGCACCUCAGUAUCCCAACUCUCCUGCACCUCAAUACUACAACUCUCCUGCACCUCAAUACUCCAACUCUCCUGCACCUCAGUACCCCAACUCUCCUGCACCUCAGCACCCCAACUCUCAUGUAUCUCAGUACUCCAACUCUCCUGCACCCCUGCACCCUAACUAUCCUGUGCUACAGCAAUGCCAGUACCCUUCCCUGCAAGGUAUCUACCCACCCCUACAGCCCCAAGUAUCACUAUCCCAUCCACAAGACCCCCCAGGGCAGCAUCUGUACCCCUCUUUACAUUCAGUCUCCCAGCAGGAAUAUAGACUGGCACAGAAUGAUCACCCCCCAGCUCAGCCCACCUACCACUCUGCACCCCAGCAGCUUUACCCAUCACCACCAUAUUGUGCCAGCCCCUCCCAAUACCCACCUGCACCCCCACAGGGCUAUUUAGUGAGUAUCUGCGGAUUUGACGAGUUCUUACAAAAUGACUUCACUUUCCGCUGCCACACGAAGCUACAGAGACUGACGUCAGUUCAGCUGCGACUUCACCUGAGACCCCAACCCCUCCUGUGCCGCACGAAGGAAGAGGAUCAAAGUGAUUGGCAGUUGGAUCUGUCGGAACAUGGACAGUACUGGACCCAAAUGAAGAGCAGACUUACCAAUGCCGUGUCCCACUAUGGGGAUCAAGCCCUGUCCUUUCUGAAUAACAAGGUGUAUGUGACCCACGUGUUGGAAGCUGUGAGGGAAAUUUGUUAUUUACUCCGUGGAGUUGAAACCAAAGAGCUCAGCACAGCCCUCAAUGCUUUGCGCCACUCACAGUAUCUCAUGGCAAAUCAAGGAGGCACCUCCCAAGUUUCCCAGCAGAGCGUGGUGCUGGGGGUAUCGAGGGCCCUCGCUCAUCUCAUCAGUAUCUACAGCAGCAGCUUUAAUGCGGAUUUUCUAGUGGAAAUACCCAGAAGCCCCCGCUGCAGAACUGAAAGCCCCGAUUCCCAUCUCUCCUUCCAUCUGUAUUCGGCUCACAACCUCCCCGACAACUGGGUGAAUAGAAUCAGCACUUUUUCUCUGAGCUGUUCGGUGAUUUACGCUGGAAGGAAACUUUGCCCUGAAAUGAAAUCUCGGGGGGCUCAAGCAACGCAUUCGAUGUUCUCCUUGGUGACGUGGGAUGAGGUAAUCACAUUUCCACUUCCCGUCUGUGUCCUGCCCUAUGAAUCCAUUCUGGUUCUGAGACUCAGUGGCCUCGACAAUGGCUCCAAUAAAACUGCCAACUUGGCCUGGUCCUGCCUCCCCCUCUACUCUCACGGGAGAUUUGCCAGGGGGGCGAUGCUGCUGAACAUGAUUUCUCACGCCGAGCCCCCUCCUGUUAUUACCCCGGGGGCAAUUGAUAAGACGUUGCCGACACUUGUUACAGUGCAGGUUGAAUUACCAGAAAUAAACCAGACUUUCAGCCAACCGGCGCCCGAGCAAAUUGCCGGCAAUGUUCCGUCAGAAGAUCCUUCCGGAUUCCUGGAGAUAUUGGUGCAUCGGAAUUCUGUCCUCCUACUCUCAGAAGCUGACAAGCAAUAUCUAUGGAACUAUCGGUCCUGCUGUAAGAAGCCCAGGAACAUUCUCCCCCUGGUGUUGGGAAGUGCCCCUGGAUGGGACCCCAGCAUUAUUUCCGCUAUGUACAGAGUUCUGGGGGACUGGACCUUCUCUCACCCCUUGGAGGGUCUGGGCCUGUUAAAUUCAAGCUUCUCCGACCAAAGGAUCCGUGAAACCUCAUGUCUAGAAAUCGGGAAAUUGCCCAAUGAUGAGUUGUUAGACUUUCUGCCCCAACUCGUUCAGGCUGUGAAGUUUGAAUGGAGUCUGGACAGCCCUCUGGUCAAGCUCUUGCUUCAUCGCUCGUUACAGAGCAUCCAGGUUGCACACAGACUCUUCUGGCUGUUAACAGACGCUCACAAGGAAUCUCAUUAUCGAGGUUUGUACAGCAAAGUGCUGGCCGCUCUCCAGUCCUGCGCCGGCAACGCUCUCAAUGGCGAAUUCUGCACCCAAAAGCGUCUCAUCAGCAUUCUGCAGGGCAUCGCGGAAAAAGUGAAGACGUCUCCGGACACAAAGCGCCAGGAGACCCUUCAAUCAAAUCUGCACCAACUGCAACGGUUCUUUCAAGAAGCGCAACUCUGUCGCCUCCCGCUGGACCCGGCCGUUAGAGUCAGAGGGAUCGACCCCAAUGCCUGUUCCUUCUUUAAAUCCAACGCGUCGCCUCUGAAAAUCUCCUUCCUCAACGCUGACCCCCUUGGAAAGAAGAUCAAUGUGAUUUUUAAGCUUGGAGAUGACCUCCGUCAGGACAUGCUGGUUCUGCAGAUUAUUGAGGUGAUCGACAGAAUUUGGCUCCAUGAAGGUUUGGACCUGCGGAUGAUCACGUACAAGUGCCUCUCUACUGGGCUAAACCAAGGAUUGGUUCAGAUGGUCCCAGACGCCACGACUCUGGCCAAGAUCCACGAGCAUUCUGGGAUACUGGGGCCACUAAAGGACAAAUCCAUAAAGAAAUGGUUCAAGAGCAAGCAGCCUCUUCAGCACAACUAUGAAAAGGCAAAAGAGAACUUCCUAUUCUCCUGUGCUGGUUGGUGUGUCGUUACCUUUAUACUGGGGGUCUGUGACAGACACAAUGAUAACAUUAUGGUGACCAACACGGGGCACAUGUUCCACAUUGACUUUGGCAAGUUCCUCGGUCAUGCUCAGAAAUUUGGUAGCAUUAAAAGAGACCGAGCUCCCUUCAUAUUCACCUCUGAGAUGGAAUAUUUCAUCACUGAUGGGGGGAAGAACCUCGAUAGAGCAAGAGACUUUGUGGAGCUCUGCUGUCAGGCCUAUAACAUUCUCCGCAAACACAGCCACUUACUGAUCAACAUGCUGGAACUGAUGCUACAGGGUGGGCUGCCAGAACUAUGUGGGGUAGAAGAUCUGAGGUACCUGCAGAAUAACCUUCGGCCCCAGGACUCUGAACCCGAGGCCACCAGCUAUUUUACCAGGAAAAUCAGUGAGAGUCUGCAGUGUUUCCCAGUAAAGCUGAACAAUCUCAUACAUAUCCUUGCAAACACAUCACUGUCAGACAUGGCCAAGAGUGUGUCUCAGAUCGACCUCAUGGAUCCUGCCGGGGGCAACCCCAAAAAUCUCAUUAAACGUGCAGCCAUCGCCAGUAUCCGCAAGAUUAAUAAGAAAAGUGAGAAAGUUCUGAAUUAUCUGGGUGCGGAGGGCAGAACCGGGGCAGCUUCAUCGUCGGGGGACACGGAUGUGAGACCUGCAGUUCAGCUUCACGUUUCCUACAAGAACCAGACACUGUCGGUCCUCAUUAAGCACCUCAGGAACAUUCAUCUCCCAGAUGGCUCCUCCCCUUGCACCGAAAUUGAGGUUCUUCUGUUACCAGAUCCACAACAAACGUCACUGAGAAGGGUCAAAUCCACAGGGAAAUCUGCUCUGAUCUAUAAUGAAAUAGUGAGAUACUCGCUACUACCACUCGUUGCUGGCUACGUUAUACGACUGGUGGUGAGAAGCAAAGGGCAGUUGAUUGCGGCAGUGAAUGUCCCAGUGGAUCACAUGCAGUUUGAUAGCGACGUCUGGUACCCGAUGGGCCUCAGUUUGGCAUAGACCCCGACUGGAUUGGCCAGAACCAAAAUGAGCCACUGGGGGGGAGGUCUGUUGGUUUGUGGGGUUCAUGUGCCCAGGUUGUGACCCCCCCCAUGUAAAUAAUUGUGCCAAUAGGAAGUCAGUAGCCAAUGGGGUGCUGAGAUUGUGUGAAACUGUAUCAGUUGUAAAGUAAAUACAAUGUAUCACUGAGACACAAACCUGUGCACUUUCCUUCAAUCACUGGUGAGACCCCCCAAUACUGCUCAGUGAUUACCCCCCUUUAUCAAGAGGAGCCUCAUGUCUGGGGGGUCUCGGGGAGCAGCAAAUAGUAAUGAACCCCCGGCCAUUGGCUUUGCUCACAGGGAAACAUUCUGCUGAACCUUCUGGAACAAGAGAUCAGGUCCCCUAAUUGUGCCCAAAGAGCAGGUUAUACUCAGACCAAUUAAGUCUAAUUAGGGGAACGAAUGUUCUCUCUGUGCCACCAGCCACUUACUUGGCAUUUAAUUCCCUAAUUAAACUUCUCAUUGUGUGGCCACCAGCCGUCAGUGUGUUGGCACUUUCCUUAACCCCCCAACCCCUGAGAUCUUGGGGUCUGAUAGACAACAACUGCCCCCCUCCAGCCUUAAUCAUUUCCCCACGGCCUAGUCAUCGGUGACAGCCAAUAUGGCGGCAGAAUUUCCCCACUGUCCAAUCAGGAGUCCAAUCAGUUUCUUUGCUAAGAGCUCAGUGUCCCAAUCUGCCCAUAGAUCCAGUAUUUAUAGAAAUAGAUUUAUAUUAAAUAUCAUUUAUCUGCUGAAACUGACACAACUGACUGCAAGAAAUGGCUCCAUUCAUUUAACUCCUGCGGGUUAUUUGCCUGGGUCAGUCUAUAAUGCUGGGAUUUGGGGGAGCAGAACAUGGAGGGAGGGGUAUCACUCAUUAAUACAGCUCCUCAUCUCAGUAAUUAUAUGUUAACAUUAAUAAUGCAGAACUCACCUACAUGUCAGCUCUGUGGCCUAAUUAUCCUCUUUAUGUCUGGGAGAUACGUGUUUAUUGGCAGCCACAUCUGUCCCUGAGAUCCCCCUGAUUUCAGCACUUGCAGAUGUACCCCCAAAUCCUGCAGUGAAAGGAGAAUGAAUUGGCAACCGACUGGGGGUACCCAGAGCACAAAUAAGCACUCACCCCAAAUCUCCCCCUAAC